CGAUCUCAUCUUUGUCAACACAUUUGUUACAGUCUCUAGAAUUCUCUCAUAAAUUCGAUUUCGCUCUCUCUUCAUCUUUUGAUCAGAAUAUGGAAGACGAUUUUGACAUGCAGCAGUUUCCAGAAGAGGAACCAGAGGAGAUGGAUAUGGAUCUCGCCGACGACGACGAAGCUGACUCUGCUCCUUAUCUGAAAAUCGGCGAGGAAAAGGAGAUCGGAAAAUCAGGAUUGAAGAAGAAGCUUCUCAAGGAGGGUGAAAAAUGGGAUACGCCUGAGAAUGGAGACGAAGUUGAAGUGCAUUACACGGGUACUUUGUUAGAUGGUACCAAGUUUGAUUCAAGCCGUGACAGAGGAACUCCAUUCAAAUUCACUCUUGGCCAAGGACAUGUGAUCAAAGGAUGGGACUUGGGGAUCAAGACAAUGAAGAAAGGUGAAAAUGCUAUUUUCACUAUUCCUCCUGAGUUGGCUUAUGGUGAAACUGGUUCACCACCGACUAUUCCUCCGAACGCUACUCUUCAAUUUGAUGUGGAGUUGAUAUCAUGGAGGAGUGUUAAGGAUAUAUGUGGUGAUGGUGGGGUGUUUAAGAAAAUAAUUGUGGAAGGAGAGAAAUGGGAGAAGCCAAAGGAUCUUGAUGAAGUUUAUGUCAAGUAUGAAGCUCGGCUUGAGGAUGGCACCAUUGUUGGAAGGUCUGAUGGUGUAGAGUUUACUGUCAAGGACGGCCAUUUCUGUCCUGCGCUUGCUAAGGCUGUCAAAACCAUGAAAAGAGGGGAGAAGGUUCUCCUAACUGUGAAGCCACAAUAUGGCUUUGGGGAAAUUGGAAGACCAGCUUCUGGUGGUCUUCAAGCUGCAAUCCCACCAAAUGUAACACUUCAAAUUGACCUUGAGUUGGUUUCUUGGAAGACUGUGGUGGAAGUAACUGAAGACAAGAAGGUUAUUAAGAAAAUAGUGAAGGAAGGAGAAGGAUAUGAGCGUCCCAAUGAAGGAGCAGUUGUCAAAUUGAAGUUGAUUGGUAAACUUCAAGAUGGAACUGUGUUUAUGAAGAAAGGUUAUGAAGAAGAUGAGGAGCCAUUCGAGUUCAAAACUGAUGAAGAACAAGUUAUUGAAGGGCUUGAAAAAGCUGUGAUGGGCAUGAAGAAGGGUGAGGUAGCACUCAUAACAAUUUCACCGGAAUAUGCUUUUGGUUCCUCUGAAUCAAAACAAGAGCUGGCCGUAAUACCGCCAAACUCGACUGUAUUCUACGAGGUUGAGAUGGUAUCUUUCAUCAAGGAGAAAGAGUCUUGGGAUAUGAACACACAGGAAAAGAUAGAAGCUGCAGGCAAGAAGAAGGAAGAAGGGAAUAUGCUGUUCAAAGCUGGAAAAUACGCAAGAGCUUCAAAGAGAUACGAGAGGGGUGUCAAGUACAUAGAAUAUGACUCAACUUUCGACGAAGAGGAGAAAAAGAAAGCAAAAGAUCUCAAGAUUGCCUGUAACCUUAAUGAUGCAGCUUGCAAGCUGAAACUGAAAGAUUACAAGGAAGCAGCAAAAUUGUCCACUAAGGUGUUGGAGAUGGAUAGUAGGAACGUGAAGGCAAUGUAUAGGAGAGCUCAUGCCUACAUGGAGACGGCAGAUCUUGAUUUAGCUGAGCUUGAUAUCAAGAAAGCUCUCGAAAUCGAUCCUGACAACAAGGAGGUGAAGAUAGAAUAUAAGAAGUUGAAAGAGAAGGUGAAAGAGUACAACAAGAAAGAUGCGAAGUUUUACAGCAACAUGUUGUCGAAAAUGCUUGAGCCACACAAAGGAGCUCAGAAGGAAGCACAAGCGAUGAGUAUUGACACCAAGGCAUGAGAAAUCACUUUAGAGAGUACUAUUGAUUCCAAAAAGUAAAUGAGAAAAGUCUAUAAAGUUCUGUUUUACUCUUUGUAAUCAAUCUUGGUGUGUGUUACUGUUUCAGACGUUAUUACUUCAAUUCUGUUGAAAUAAAACAGACUUGUAAUAAAACAGACUUGUAAUAAAAUAGUCCACUCCAA